AUGUUGCUGGUGGAGCCGGUGAGAAAAGUACGAUGGAUGCGAACCGGCUGGCAUUUAGACAAUGGAAGGCACGGUUCACCUCAAUCAUACAAUAUGGUUCAAUGGCUGACAAUCACCGACCAGAUGAUUCCCCGCAUGCUCCGGCCCACCACACACCGAGACUUGAGAGUCGAACUCUUCGGUCACAAGCUCGAAUCACCUCUUCUCAUUGCUCCGGUGGGCGUUCAGACCAUCUUUCACACAGACAAGGAGCUUGGAGUGGCAGAAGUCGCGACCGAGAUUGGAGUUCCAUAUAUCCUCAGCACAGCGUCGAGCGCCAGCAUCGAGGACGUGGCCAAAGCAAGUGGGGAUGGUGUGCGAUUCUUCCAACUAUACUGGCCCCAAGACGAUGAUCUCACCGUAUCACUCUUGCACCGUGCAAAGUCUCAUGGCUACAGCGUCCUCCUUGUAACCCUGGACACUUGGACUCUCUCCUGGCGCCCUGCUGAUCUCGACAAUGCAUAUGUACCUUUCGCCUCAGGGAUUGGAGACCAAACAGGCUUCUCUGACCCAGUCUUCCGCCGGAAGUUCAAGCAAAAGCACAACAUUGAAGUUGAAGAAGACAUCCUACAGGCAAGCCGCGAAUGGGAAGCAGCCGUAUUCAGCGGCGCCGCCCACACGUGGGAGCAAUUGGAGCUGCUGAAGAAGGAGUGGGAUGGCCCAAUCGUCUUGAAGGGAAUCCAGCAUGUUGAAGAUGCGAGGAUGGCAGUCCAAGCUGGAGUUGACGGGAUUGUGGUUAGCAACCAUGGCGGACGACAGCUGGAUGGAGCCAUUGGGAGUUUGGAAGUGCUACCAGAGAUUGUGGAGGCUGUUGGGGAUCAGCUUACGGUUCUUUUCGAUAGUGGUAUCAGGACAGGCGUUGAUAUCAUCAAAGCUUUGAGUUUAGGGGCGAAGGGCGUGCUGAUCGGCAGACCCUUUGUAUAUGGCCUGGCAGUAGGAGGGAAGCUUGGUGCUCGAGAUGUCGUCCGAGGCUUGUUAGCAGUAAGCAUUCCUGGUUCCCUAAUAUGCGUCGGAGCACCGUUCUCAACCAAUGCGCAGGACCUCGACCAAAGUAUGGGCUUAGCCGGCAUUCAGAACAUAGCGGACUGUAACCGGUCAAUGAUCCGCAAGGUGCAGUAUGGAGGCGACAAAAUAUCGAACUAUUAG